UGUGGAUUGUAACAGAAAAGUUCACGUUGCCAUCAGCCAAGAAUCGACCGAGCAUUGUCCGUGUCCUCAAUCCGGAUGAAUUCGGCCGUAGCGGGGCACGUCAUAGCUCCUCCUCCCGACACCCGAGAAAAGCUCUGGUCAGCUCUUGCACCAUCUUCGUCACCAGCUGCUGCCUAUAUCAAGCUGUAUCAAUUUUUUAUAUAUUGUACAUGGGAACAUAAACCUAACUGUGCCCUUCCCGUUCCUAUCCACCAGGAACAUUGGUAAUAUUAAUUAUAAAGAAUCACACCCGACUCACGCAUUCCAGAAACGGACAAUGGUGUCUAUCUCCGAGAUUCGCGCACACAACGCGACUAUCAAAAAGCUUGGCUCUGGCCUAGUCGCUGUGUUCGUCGGUGGAACAAGCGGCAUCGGUCUUUCGACAGCCCGGGAGUUCACCCGCAAUGCCACUGCGCCUCAUAUUUAUCUGAUCGGUCGCAAUGAGUCCCAAGCAUCGCAGAUAAUCACCGAACUACGCGGUAUCAACGACUCGGCUCAAGUUAGCUUUAUCAAGACUGAUGUUUCCUUGCUGAAGAGCGUGGACGAGGCAUGCCAGGAGAUUGGCAAGAAAGAAGAAAAAGUGAAUCUGCUCUUUAUGACUCCUGGUGUGCUAACUAUGCAGGGACGAACUGAAACAAGCGAGGGCCUGGAUAGGAAACUAAGUCUGCAUUACUACGCCCGUAUGCGCUUUGUUCAGGACCUUCUCCCACAACUCAACGUUGCCGGUUCCUCAGGCAGCCUCGCACGAGUCAUUUCUGUCCUCGGCCCUGGAAACGAAAAAAAACUGGUCGAGACCGACUUGGAUCUGAAGACUAACUACAGCCUAUCGAAUGCCGCGGGACACGCCAUUACCAUGAACUCUCUAUCCUUGAUCCAUUUUGCCGCUACCAACCCCUCAGUUAGCUUUUUACACAGCAAUCCUGGCGGGGUGCAAACCAAUGCGGCGCGUGAACUCAACCCUAUCCUUAAAGGCAUAACGAGCUUGCUGUUCCUGUUGCUGAAGCCUUUCCCUACAUCCAGCAUCGGCAUUGUGCCACUUUCAGAAUCUGGAGAGAGGCAUACCUAUGCAGCGACGACUUCACUAUUUUCACCAAAGAACCAGAAUGUCGCGACGACGGGGGCGGAUGGUGAGAAGGGUAGUGGAGCUUAUAGGUUGGGAUUCGACACAGCACCGAUUGACUCAAAGCAAUCGUCCUCGGUGCUAGUCAAGGAUUAUUUAGCAAACGGAGUAGGAAAGAAAGUUUGGGAGCACACGACGGAUAUUUUCAAUAAAGCCACUGGGUCUGAGGGGAAGUAAUAACCAAGUAUAUAACCAUUUCACUUUCUACUAUGUCUAAUACCUCCUGUAUAUUUAUCAACAUUGCGCAAGUAAUUGAAAA